UCAGAGAAAAACCCCAACCUAAAAUAAGGAAGAAGAAAACAGUUCCGUCCAAGGUAUGGUGUUACUAUUGUGACAGAGAAUUUGACGACGAGAAGAUCCUGGUGCAGUACCAGAAGGCCAAGCACUUCAAGUGCGAUGUCUGUCACAAGAAGCUCUCCACCGUCGGUGGUAUGGCUAUCCAUGUUCUCCAGGUUGACAAGGAGUCCGUCACCAAGGUUCCCCAAUGCAAAACCUGGCAGAGAUUCAAUUGACAUUGAGAUAUACGGAAUGCAAGGAAUCCCACCUGAUGUACUAGCUACUCACUAUGGAGAAGAAGAAGAUGAGGAUCCAUCAAAAGCUGCCGAACUGGGUGUCCCAUCUACUCAGCUUGUGGGAGGAUUGAUGCCAGGACCAUUUGGUGUUGGAUAUCCUCCUCAAUCAACAUUAGGGGCAGUGCGGUCAUUAUAUAAUGCUGCAGUGCCUGUACCUCCUGUUUCCUGGACAGUGCCUCCUUGUCCACAACCUGCAGCUUCAGUUCCUCCAUCUGCUCCUAUGGGAUAUGUGCAGCAGCCAUUAUUUCCAGUGAAAAGUGUGAGGCCUCCUUUGGCUGUGCCUUCAACAUCACCUUUACACCAGCCUUCACAAAUUGGUCCACCUGGAUUGCCAACAUCAACACCUUCACUUCCUGUAUCCCAACCUUUGUUCCCUGUUGUCAAUAAUAGUGUACCUACUCAGAGCUCAACAUUUUCUGCUUCUUUGCCAUCAAGUGUUGCAGAAGGAAAAAGUUCAAUCGAAGUGCAUUCAAGUGGUAGUGUUUCUGUGACAGGUGGAGCUGGUGUCAAUUCUCAUUCUUAUGCCUCCGGUCCAAAUACCGGACCACCCCCUGUUAUCUCAAAUAAAGCUCCUGCUAUCCAGCCGGCGGUAAACGAGAUGAUGAUUGCAAAAUGUUUUUAGAGGAUUCAUGAUGAAAAUAGCCAGGUAAGUUUUAACUCUCUCUCAAGUAUAUGGACUUGGUUUGUGCAUCUAACCAGAUGGCUAGGCUUUAUGUUUCAUGUUUUCAGAUUCAGUUGUUUAUGCGCUUGUUACCUAUUUGAUGAGGUAUUUUCAUGUGAUUACUUUUUUUACUUGCUCUAUAUUAAAA